CAUGCCAAGUAACCUGAUAAUUAUUUCCAGUCUUGGUAUAGUUUUAUGUAACACGUUGUUGUCAAUUAGCUAUUUUGACAACUAGUUUGACAGCUAAACCCAUCAACUGUAGUGGAGACAACCAGUUGUCAACUCUCUGAACUCUUGUGCUUGUCCAUGAGGCCACCCCAUGCACGUUCCGGGAGAAGAAAUGCAUUGGACUAUGAUUUUUCAGGGACGUCAUUGAGAGCACAGGAACAGCCACUUGUGUACAGACGUGUCAAAGAUUAAAUGGGCGCAAAGCUGUUUUGCUGGCCACAGGGUUCUCCUGGCAUUUCCAUGAUGCUGAGAGCCCUACUGCUCACAAGCCUUCUUAGCUGGGCCAAUGGCCAGGAAGGUCAGGCCAUGUUACCUGAAGAAAAGACCAAAAUCAGGUGAGAUAUCAACCGUGUGUGAUCACACUCCAGUAUUGCGCAAUGCCCACCUUUACUGAGUGGCAAAGUCCAUACUGUGAAGACGAAGGGACUAAAUCAUUGAACACACCAGCGCUUUACCCAUCUAUCCUCUUGUCUGUUAGAAAUUACUUGGUUAUGUAGAUGUAGUAUAUUUCUUUCUGUUACAGGGACCAGAUCGUUGAGAUGUUCGAUCAUGCCUAUGGCAGCUAUAUGGUAAGUCUGUCUGACCACAUCAUUUAUAGUAAUAUAUCAUAUGUAUGCCAUUUACAUUAUUAUUGUCACUAUCAACUACAUUGGGCAAAAUUGGAUGUUUCAGCCCAUAGCUAUGGCUGUCAGCCUGUUACUGACCAUGUAGCAGGGCAUGCUGCUGUUUACUGUUACGUUGAUAUUUUAUUAUUGCUCAAACGGCUCUCUGACUUGACUGUGUGCCAUCCACUCGGCCUAUACUUCUAAGUCGAAAGGUAUCUAAACAAAUGUCCCUCCUAAUUAGUAUGUGUACCGUACCCUGACUGCACCUGUUCCCUGAUUCUGCCACAGAAAUAUGCAUACCCAGCGGACGAGCUGAUGCCCCUGAGCUGCAGGGGGAGGGUGCGUGGCCUGGAGCCAAACAGGGGAGACAUCGAUGACUCUUUGGGGAAGUGAGUACAACCCCACGUUUCUCAAUAUGUAAUGCUCAUAGGAAAAUGAAAUUAAUUUGGACGUGUUGUGAGAUGAUGUGGGAAAGCCUGUUAUACUCUGUUUGACGUGACCUAUCCGAACCCUCUCUGGUUCUUCCUUAAGACCUUCGAUAUAACACACUUAGCCUGGAAACACAAUAGAUGAUGACUAUGAUAAAGCUGACAUGGAGCAGGAUCUAGUUUCUGUGUUGUGUGUGUGCAGAAGGCCAUCCUCCUGACCUGGGUCAUAUUCAUUAAGCACCAAAUGGAAGAAGACUGGCUGAAACAGGGAUGGACUAUCUGAACUUGCCAAAUAAGAAACGUCUGUUUUCAGGGUUUUGUUGCAAACAUUUUUGAUAUGGUGUGCCCUAACAAAUAUAACCUUGUUUUCUCCUAGGUUCUCCCUCACACUGAUCGACACCCUGGAUACUCUGGUGGUGAGUAUCUGAUCCUGUCUGUGUGGCUAUAAUCGUUGUCAGCUAUAGUACCACAAAUGUCUAUAGAGAAAUCAAUUAGCAAAUGGGAUCCAUUUUCCCGACAACACCUCAGAGCCACACACAUAAAGUAAAUGGCAGUAUAGACAAAAUGGAUAGCCCUUCUUUCUAAUGGUAAUGGAAACCCUAGCAAAAAUAAUUGAAAUGUAGUAAUUCACAGGAAUAAUUCAUGUUUAUCAUUUGUUUAGUCUAAGUGUUUAAACACCUAUUUCUUUAGUCUUUUCCCCUAUUAACAAAUAUUGCUUGUCCGUGUUUCCAGGUGUUGAACAAGCUGGACGAGUUUGAGGAUGCAGUGAGGAGGACAUUGAGGGAUGUCAGGCUGGACAACGAUGUGGUGGUGUCUGUGUUUGAGACCAACAUCCGAGUCCUGGGGUACAAACCAAUACAAUGCAUUGUCUCACUACUACACAGUACUUCUCCAAGAUCGUGUAUGAUACUGGUUCAAAUGUCUAAUUGACAUUAUGAUCUAAUAACUGUAUGACUUUAUAAUAUAGUGCUGUCAGUGUUUAGAUGAGUAGGAAAUUGUCUGGGCAUUGCCACAUGCUCACCACACCAUAAUCUUGCUGUCACUACAGGGGACUGCUGGGGGCGCAUGUGAUGGCGGACAUGCUCCGUCAGCGGGGGGAGAGGAUGCAGUGGUACGGAGAUGAGCUGCUCCACAUGGCCAAGGAGCUGGGCCACAGACUGCUCCCUGCCUUUAACACCACCAGUGGCCUUCCCUACCCCAGGGUAACACGCCUCACUCUCCACAUUUCUCUUUUUUGCGGUACCCCUGGGUGCAAAGCCUUGUUUAUCAGAACUCGGUUUUUCCACAAUGUCGGAAAAAUGCCAAAAGAUUCAGUUCUGAAAGGACUGUCAAGCUGAAUAUGAAUAGAAGAUUCAAGAUGGCGUUGUAGUCUUAUAAUUAUCUGACAAUAUGCAUGUAGUACAUACAAUAUACUAUCGUUCAAAAGUUUGGGGUCACUUAGAAAUGUCCUUGUUUUCGAAAGAAAAGCAAUUUUUUUGUCCAUUAAGAUAACAUCAAAUUGAUCAGAAAUACAGUGUAGACAUUGUUAAUGUUGUAAAUGGCUAUUGUAGGUAGAAACGGCUGAUUUUUUUUUAUGGAAUAUCUACAUAGGCAUACAGAGGUCCAUUAUCAGCAACCAUCAGUCCUGUGUUCCAAUGGCACGUUGUUUGUUAAUCCAAGUUGAUCAUUUUUAAAAGGCUAAUUGAUCAUUAGAAAACCCUUUUGCAAAUAUGUUAGCACAGCUGAAAACUGUUGUGCUGAUUAAAGAAGCAAUAAAACUGGCCUUCUUGAGACUAGUUGAGUAGCUGGAGCAUCAGCAAUCAGCAAAAGCCAUAUCUCAGACUGGCCAAUAAAAGAUUAAGAUGGGCAAUCUGAGAUAUGGCUUUUUCUUUGCAACUCUGCCUAGAAGGUCAGCAUCCCGGAGUCGCCUCUUCACUGUUGACGUUGAGACUGGUGUUUUGCGGGUACUAUUUAAUGAAGCUGCCAGUUGAGGACCUGUGAGGCGCCUGUUUCUCAAACUAGACACUAAUGUAUUUGUCCUCUUGCUCAGUUGUGCACCGGGGCCUCCCACUCCUCUUUCUAUUCUGGUUAGAGACAGUUUGCGCUGUUCUGUGAGUAGUACACAGCAUUGUAUGAGAUCUUCAGUUUCUUGGCAAUUUCUCGCAUGGAAUAGCCUUCAUUUCUCAGAACAAGAAUAGACUGACGAGUUUCAAAAUAAAGUUAUUUGUUUCUGGCUAUUUUGAGCCUGUAAUCGAACCCACAAUUGCUGAUGCUCAAGAUACUCAACUAGAUACUCAAAAAUCCAGAAAAUCACAUUGUAUGAUUUUUAAGUAAAUCAUUUGCAUUUUAUUGCAUAACAUAAGUAUUUGAUACAUUAGAAAAGCAGAACUUAAUAUUUGGUACCGAAGCCUUUGUUUGCAAUUACAGAGAUCAUACGUUUCCUGUAGGUCUUGACCAGGUUUGCACACACUGCAGCAGGGAUUUUGGCCCACUCCUCCAUACAGACCUUCUCCAGAUCCUUCAGGUUUCGGGGCUGUUGCUGUGCAAUACGGACUUUCAGCUCCCUCCAAAGAUUUUCUAUUGGGUUCAGGUCUGGAGACUGGCUAGGCCACUCCAGGACCUUGAGAUGCUUCUUACGGAGCCACUCCUUAGUUGCCCUGGCUGUGUGUUUCGGGUCGUUGUCAUGCUGGAAGACCCAGCCACGACCCAUCUUCAAUGUUCUUACUGAGGGAAGGAGGUUGUUGACCAAGAUCUCGCGAUACAUGGCCCCAUCCAUCCUCCCCUCAAUACGGUGCAGUCGUCCUGUCCCCUUUGCAGAAAAGCAUCCCCAAAGAAUGAUGUUUCCACCUCCAUGCUUCACGGUUGGGAUGGUGUUCUUGGGGUUGUACUCAUCCUUCUUCCUCCAAACACGGCGAGUGGAGUUUAGACCAAAAAGCUCUAUUUUUGUCUCAUCAGACCACAUGACCUUCUCCCAUUCCUCCUCUGGAUCAUCCAGAUGGUCAUUGGCAAACUUCAGAUGGGCCUGGAUAUGCGCUGGCUUGAGCAGGGGGACCUUGCGUGCGCUGCAGGAUUUUAAUCCAUGACGGCGUAGUGUGUUACUAAUGGUUUUCUUUGAGACUGUGGUCCCAGCUCUCUUCAGGUCAUUGACCAGGUCCUGCCGUGUAGUUCUGGGCUGAUCCCUCAACUUCCUCAUGAUCAUUGAUGCCCCAUGAGGUGAGAUCUUGCAUGGAGCCCCAGACCGAGGGUGAUUGACCGUCAUCUUGAACUUCUUCCAUUUUCUAAUAAUUGCGCCAACAGUUGUUGCCUUCUCACCAAGCCGCUUGCCUAUUGUCCUGUAGCCCAUCCCAGCCCUGUGCAGGUCUACAAUUUUAUCCCUGAUGUCCUUACACAGCUCUCUGGUCUUGGCCAUUGUGGAGAGGUUGGAGUCUGUUUGAUUGAGUGUGUGGACAGGUGUCUUUUAUACAGGUAACGAGUUCAAACGGGUGCAGUUAAUACAGGUAAUGAGUGGAGAACAGGAGGGCUUCUUAAAGAAAAACUAACAGGUCUGUGAGAGCCGGAAUUCUUACUGGUUGGUAGGUUAUCAAAUACUUAUGUCAUGCAAUAAAAUGCAAAUUAAUUACUUAAAAAUCAUACAAUGUGAUUUUCUGGAUUUUUGUUUUAGAUUCAGUCUCUCACAGUUGAAGUGUACCUAUGAUAAAAAUUACAGACCUCUACAUGCUUUGUAGGAAAACCUGCAAAAUCGGCAGUGUAUCAAAUACUUGUUCUCCCCACUGUAUAUACACAUUUUGCAUAUCUUAAUUGACUAAUAAUAUGUGUAAUUAUAUAAGCACUUCUGCGAAGGAUUAUAACACAUAUGACACCUAUAACAAGGGCUGGUAGUACGAAUUCUACAUUUUUGUCAACAGAUGUGGGAUGCAUACACUGACCCCACCCCUCCCAAACAAACACCUCUGCCCCUCUCUCCCCUUCCACCCAUAGAUCGACCUACACACACACACACGCUGCUCACACACACAUAACCACAAGCUCAAAUGUUUAACAGUUGUUCCAUCCCUGAAUCCAACUCAAGAGAAGACUUGAUGUGUGAAUGUGUAUACAGUUUGGUUGUUUAAGAAGGCAUGCCAAAUUGAGCAGGAACGGGAAGAUGGAGCUUGGAUACCCACACACGCUGGUCCCCCGUUGUGACCCAUCUUCCCAAGCACCUCUGAGCAGUCAGACCGUUUCAUUAUUCUGUGCCGCCAGGGCCACAAUAAUAUGCUUACAAAAUACUUACUACUUCUGUUUGUAUGCAGGUAAACCUGAGGUACGGUGUCCUUAAUCCCCUGUCACGCACAGGCACUGAGUCGGACACCUGUACAGCCUGUGCAGGGACCAUGAUUCUAGAGUUUGCUGCUCUCAGUCGGCUGUCUGGGGAGGCUGUGUUCGAGGUACAUUAGUAAUUCCAUUAAUAAUUAAUAGUGUUGUUUUGUACUUAUUAACCUGUGUGUAUGAAGAUGUGUUUCUGUGACCAACAGGAGAAUGCUAGGAAAGCACUGGACGUCCUGUGGGAGAAGAGACAGAGAGGAAGUGACCUUGUGGGCACAGUCAUUAAUAUCCACAAUGGAGACUGGGUACGCAGGGGUGAGCCAGAACUCCACUGUCACACUCAACCACUCAGACAACACACACUCACCUACACCAGCACACAUGGUCACCAACUCUCACGUUUAAAAGUCAAAAUGUUGCAGUAGGAACAAACAUUUUAUCACCUCGCAUCAUGUGAUGACACAUCGUCCCACUCAGUUCCUUUAUAUCAGCCAUUAGUCACUUCCAAUACUACUAGCUUGGUUUGGUUUUGAAUACGUGUGUCUCUGCCUGGUUGUUAUUCCCAAUUAGCUCAGUCAGAUUCUAUAUUAACAGUGUAUUCCUCCUCUCUCCCUUGCGUCUCCAGACAGUGGUGUGGGUGCUGGCAUUGACUCCUACUAUGAGUACCUGAUGAAGGCUUACGUUCUACUGGGAGACAACGUUUACUUGGAGAGGUUCAACACUGUGAGACCCACUCUCUCUACUUUACUCUCACUAGCUGCUGAUAUAUUACAAUGCAUUGCUCUAUGCUUGUAGAGAACACUCCAAUUUGUCAGACAGCGUUUUUACGUUUUCCAUUUAAAUGCUACCUGCAUCCAGAUUGCAGAACCAGAUAACAAAUACAUGCAUGUUCAUUUCAAAUGUAAAUGCUCUGUGGUCAGAUGGUGAUCAGAUGGAAGUAAUCAGAUAUCACAAGGCCUAUAUUAUUGUCAGUGUUUCCCCUAUAGGCAUUUAGCAGCGGCGGAAUUAGCUUUGAAACUGCAAUUUUUCUCUCAGCCCCAUGACAAAAUGUGUAGAAUUGCAGGAAAUUAUCUUUAAAACAGAAACAUUUUGUUUCUGCGGCCAAGAGGAGGGACUCUUAAACCGUGUCAUUGGCCACGGACACUACCACGCUCCCACCCCUUUACCACCGCUGCUGAGGGAAAAUCCUAGGGGAAACACUGAUUAUGGAGUGUAAACGGUGUUUCAGUCACAUCACUGAUCUAACCCCCCAUAUCAACUAUACACAUCAUACAUAAUGUAAGUGUAUUUAGUGACACCUGCUGUCUGGUGUGUCUCCUACAGCAUUACAGCGCCAUCAUGAAGUACAUCAGCCAGCCUCCGCUGCUGCUCAACGUGCACAUGCACAACCCCACGGUGAGCGUCCGCAGCUGGAUGGACUCCCUACUCGCGUUCUUCCCUGGCCUGCAGGUGAGUCCCAUUAACACAGCCUCUAUCGCCACCACUUGUCAUGGUUAGCCCCUCUGCCUCUAACAAUAUGACAUAGGCUGCAUUCCAAAUGGCAUCCUAUUCCCUAUAUAGUGCACUACUUUUGUAUGCUAAUAUCACAUAAAUUCAUGAGACCCUCUGCUUGUAUCAUGACAUCUUCAUGACCACAGAUCUAUCCACUACAGCAGAAGACAGUUCUGUUUUUUUACUUUUUUUAUUGAGUUUCUAUCAGCUGUAUGAACAGGUAUACGCUAUGAAAGUGAAUCGUUCAUAAUAAAGACUGCGUUAUCAACCCUUGGUCAUAGGUUCUGAGAGGAGACUUAAAGCCAGCCAUAGAGACCCAUGAGAUGCUCUACCAAGUCACCAAGCAGCACAAGUUUCUCCCCGAGGUAAGACAAAGUGACAUUUGAAAUUUGAGUCAAGAUGAUAAUAUCUGCUCUCAGCUUUGCUUGACUGUGUUUUUCCUAACGUUGCAGGCUUUCACCACCGAGUUCAGAGUUCACUGGGGUCAACACCCUCUAAGGCCAGAGUUUGCAGAAAGCACCUACUACCUCUACAAGGUAAUGCAGUUUGGUUUGAGUUCCCAAUGGGAAAAGCCAAAGGUGCAUAGUAAUGGUAUACUCUGUGUACAUGAGUGAACUGGUUGAGAAAGGGGUUGUGAAUGGGAUAGACCAUGUUUUCCCUUCCACAGGCCACAGGCGAUCCGUACUACCUCAGGGUGGGCCAGUCCAUAGUGGAGAAGCUCAAUGCCCAUGCCAGGGUGCCUUGUGGAUUUGCAGCUGUGCAGGACGUCCGCACAGGGGUCCACGAGGACAGGUAGGGGAUCGCAGCGAAUCAUAUGGAUUCAAAUCUGAAACCUCAGGUCAUAUCCACUGAUUCCUUCUCACUCCAGCUUGCCAAUAUGACUAAUGAAAGUGUUGGUCUUAAGGAAAUAGUGCUCUUUGAGUAAGAGAGCCCAAAUUACGUAACAUUACUUGGCACAUUAUUUGCUCUGUUCAAGUGAUUUCAAACAUUCCCCCUUCUUUGUAGAAUGGACUCGUUCUUCCUGGCGGAGAUGUUUAAGUACCUGUACCUUCUGUUCUCUGAGAAGAACCAGCUUCACUUUGACAUCGAUGACUACAUCUUCACCACCGAGGCCCACCUGCUGCCUGUCUCCCUGUCCACUUCACAGCCCCCCUGUCGGGGCAACAACACAGUGAGGCUCAGUCAGUUACCAACAGUUGUGUUGCGUUAUGGUCAGAAGAGCUGAAACUGAUCCGCCAUAUGGAGUCUAUUUGAACCAGCUGUCCAGUUAUGUUAUGGUCAGAAGAGCUGAAACUGAUCCGCCAUUUUGUGUCUAUAUGUUCCAGGAAGCGGCCACUGCCGUGGAGGAGGACCUGUUUACCUACUCCUGCCCCAGCACCCAGACCCUGUUUCCCAACAACCCCUCCUUCGCCAAGACCAUCAGGGACAGCUACAAGUACCUGACUGGGGUGGGCCGGGCCUUCCACGCUUCGCCUGUCAGGUUUGUGUGUGUGUUUGUAGAUUUCAUUAUGAGAGCGUACAGUGCCUUUGGAAAGUAUUCAGACCCCUUGACUUUUUCCGCAUUUUUUUACGUUACAGCCUUAUUCUAAAAUUGAUUACAAAUAAAAUUAUCCUCAGCAAUCUACACACAAUACCCCAUAAUGACAAAGCAAAAACAUUGUUUCAAAUGUAUAAAAAAUAACUUAUUUACAUAGUAGUCAGACCCUUUGCUAUUAGACUCGAAAUUGAGCUCAGGUGCAUCCUGUUGCCAUUGAUCAUCCUUGAGAUGUUUUUACAACUUGGUUGGAGUCCACAGGUGGUAAAUUCAAUUGAUUGGACAUGAUUUGGAAAGGCAUACACCUGUCUAUAUAAGGUCCCACAGUUGACAGUGCAUGUCAGAGCAAAAACCAAGCCAUGAGGUCAAAGGAAGAACACAUUUGCCUCCAUACUUCUUAAAUGGAAGAAGUUUGAAACCACCAAGACUCUUCCUAGAGCUGGCCGACCCCUGCCAAACUGAGCAAUUGGGGGAGAAGGGCCUUGGUUCGGGAGGUGACCAAGAUCCCAAUGGUCACUCUGACAGAGCUCUAGAGUUCCUCUGUGGAGAUAGGAGAACCUUCCAAAAGGACAACCAUAUCUGCAGCACUCCACCAAUCAGGCCUUUAUUGUAGAGUGGCCAGACAGAAGCCACUCCUCAGUAAAAGGCACAUGACAGCCCGCUUGAAGUUUGCCAAAAGGCACCUAAAGACUCUCAGACCAUGAGAAAUAAGAUUCUCUGGUCUGAUGUAACCAAGAUUGAACUCUUCGGCCUGAAUGCCAAGCGUCACGUCGGGAGGAAACCUGGCACCAUCCCUACAGUGAAGCAUGGUGGUGGCAGCAUCAUGCUGUGGGGAUGUUUUUCAGCGGCAGGGACUGGGAGACUAGUUUUGAAAGCAAAGAUUAACGGAGCAAAGUACAGAGAGAUCCUUGAUGAAAACCUGCUCCAGAGCACUCAGGACCUCAGACUGGGGUGAAGGUUCACCUUCCAACAGGACAACGACCCUAAGCACACAGCCAAGACAACGCAGGAGUGGCUUCGGGACAAGUCUCUGAAUGUCCUUGAGUGGCCCAGCCAGAGCCUGGACUUGAACCCGAUCGAACAUCUCUGGAGAGACCUUAAAAUAGCUGUGCAGCAACGCUCCCCAUCCCACCUGACAGAGCUUGAGAGAAUCUGCAGAGAAGAAUGGGAGAAACUCCCCAAAUACAGGUGUGCCAAGCUUGUAGAGUCAUACACAAGAAGACUCGAUGCUGUAAUCGCUGCCAAAGGUGUUUUAACAAAGUACUGAGUAAAGGGUCUGAAUACUUAUGUAAAUGUUAUAUUUCAGAAAAUAUGUGAAAACCUGUUUUUUCUUUGUCAUUAUGGGGUAUUGUGUGUAGAUUGAUGAGGGGGAAAAAACAAUUUAAUCAAUUUUAGAAUAAGGCUGUAACGUAACAAAAUGUGGAAAAAGUCAAGGGGUCUGAAUACUUUCCGAAGGCACUGUAUAUGGUCGUUCAUGUUGUGUGGCUGUAAAGACCUACACAUUCACUAAAACUGAUUGAUGGAAACACAUUCUUUAUGUUAACCCUGCUAGGUGACUCUGACCUAGCCACUGUAUGUCACUGAUGAGUUUGUGUGUGUUUGCAGGGGCAUCGAGCUGCCACUUCACGACCACGGUAUGGAGCCUGUGGAGUUUCUGAAGAGCAUGGGCAUCUCCCUCACCCCACUGAACGAGGCUGGGGACACAGGGACACAGGGGGUAAGAAGGGUGGGCAGCUAUUUGAUUUCUAGCUCUCUAUUGUCUGACUGUGUCCCAAAUGGCACCUUAUUCCCUAUGCCCUAGGUCCUAUCAAAAGUAUUGCACUAUUUAGGGAAUAGGGUGCCAUUUGGGAUGCAGACUAUUGUUUAGCGGAGCAACAUUGCCCUGUCUCAUUAAUGCUCCUGUGUAAUUAAUAACACCAGUGUACUUAUUUUCAGGAGGCACACAAAGGUGUUUACAGGGUGAAACUGGUGGCAGAGGUGACCCAGACCACAGAGGAGGAAGAAGUAGAGCCCCUCGUCGUUCAGCUCAUAUCCCCCCCGUUUCUGGGUAGAACGGUCCUAACUGCAGGACCAGCCAAGUUUGGAAUGGACCUUACCAAGCAGGAGCACGGGGUGAGCUUUAUUGAAUCUUGCAUUCACUUCUAUUCGUUUUUUAUGUCACUCAAAAUAUUGAUACUAUAAGAGAUGGGCAUGCACCUGUUUGUCCCCUUACAUUUAGGACCCAAAUGGAUGUCUGCCUGUGUCAAUACUGUACAGAGUAUUUACAGGAAUUUCUCUUCCCUUCUCUCUCCCUCUCUCUCUCUCGCACACACACCCUGUUCCUCUCCCAGGUGAAGGGCAGCAUCGUGAAGACCUCCCCCUACACAGCGUGUGGUCCCAUAGAGAAUGCUGAGGAGCUGAGCGGGCACAUUGCCCUGGCACUGCGUGGCGACUGCAUGUUUGCUGCCAAGGCCCACAGGCUACAGGAGGCUGGGGCUAUCGGAGUCAUCUUCAUAGGUGAGGGAAUGGAACACACACACACAUUCUGCCUGUCACCCUCUCUCUCGCUCUCUCAUGCCCCCUCACGCCUCAACACCGCGCAGCUCCCCCAGAACUGCCGCGCAAAAGAAACACCAGCCCGCGCAGAGAAGCACAAGAUUGAACUUCACUCAACUUUACUAGUUUUGACCUGUUAGUUUACACUAUCAAUGUUUCCCUCUACUGUGGGUAUUGUUAUCGAAUUAACAUAUUAGCCCCUUUCAAUGCAACAUACCAAAACAAAUCUAACUAUUCAAGACUUAGUCUGUGAUUUUGUUGUAGGCAGAGCACAUCGUCGGGGGAUUCUAUUGCAUUUACAGGCACGAGUGGUCACAAGUGAUGUGCUUGUUUUGCGAUCAGAGCCACAUGAAGCCGCGUGUGCACAUUUGUUGAUAUUCUUUCCUAGUUAGUGAGUUAUUAGCCUAGUAAUAGCUCAUUUCUAGUCAGCAAUAGUUGAGUGGUUGCUUCCUACAAGAGCACAAAAUGUGCACAUUUCUAUCCAUCUUUCAAAAGCGAGUCAGGUAAAUGCUGCGUUCUUGUCAUGUCGGUAACUCUGACAUUUCUGACUUGCUUACUCAUUGUAGAAAGAUGAUACCCGAGUAUCCCACUUGGGAAGUGUCAGAAUCAACCAAUAGGAAUCUUUACGCAAAUAACUUACGUUCAUUUUAACUCGGAGGUCCAAAGUUUCCGACAUGACGUGAACGCAGCAAAAGACUACAGUGCUUUUCUAUGUUUUAAAGGUGCAGUGUUGUAUUAAGAGACAGGCUUGAAUAAGCUAAGAAGCCAAAAGGCGGAGGGUAGCAAAGCCUACAUUUUCAUCUGAUUCUCUGUAAUAUUAAUGGUAUGGGAAUAAUAAUGCAUUUUACUUUGUAAAGUGGUUUCUUGCAUCACACAAUACAACAUUUUCAGUCACCGACUUGUCUGAAGGACAAUAUUAAUGUCAAGCCCAUGCAUAAUGUUUUUUAAAAAGUCCCAUGGAAUGUAGACCUACAUUGAACACCCCACAUGGCUGCUAAUGUAGGCUGUAUUAUAGAAUAGCUAUUGCUAUAGCUAUUUCCAUGUGAACAUUUUAUGGGAUGCAUUUUUUCAAUAGUUUUUGAUGGUAGGCCACCCUGGUAGGCCUACAUUAUGAUCAAAUAGCCACACUAGCCUGCUUGGCCACUAACUUCGUGUGUACAGCCUUAGAACUGUAACUUAAAGUGUGUACAGAAUUUUCACAAUGUUCAAGUUUCCACUCAGCAGACCUGAAAUUUGCUCAGUGCCAAAAACAAUUAGAGGGAACAUUGCUCAACACACCCACUCAUAGCCCAUAAUAUCAGCACACCGCCUGUUACUCUGCUGUAAGAGGAGCUUAGGGAAAGAGAUUAGUGGGGCCUAACCUAGUUUGAGAAGGAUGUAUCGGUCUGCAUUGUUACAGUGUACUACUUACUGAAGUAAAGAUCCCAAAUGGUUGAUUUUGGGGUACCAUCACCUACUUUAUUAUUGUGAGCUUACAGUAGCUCUGCGUUUUACCUCUUAAGAUCAGUUGGUUCCCAAAAGGGCUUUGAUUGAUAUGGCAUUCCUCUUUGAUUGAUAUCACUCACAAGCCCUCCCCACUUGUGUUCUAAAAAACUCAAUUUCCCAUAUUUCCUCUGUCCCUCCUAGACCACCGGGAGGGGAGUAACAGCGCAGACACGCCCCUGUUCCAGAUGGUGGGAGACGGCGCGUCCAGGGCUGACAUCACCAUCCCCCUGGUGUUCCUAUUCAGCCAGGAGGGGGCGCUGCUCACCUCUGCUCUGGAGGACCACAGCAACGUAGACGUACUGAUGCUGCCCAAAGAGAGACAGCUAGGUAAGACAACAGGUAAGAGAGGGGGCCUGUGCAGGGCCCGUGGUCUAGCGGUCAGUCACAUAUACUGCUCCCCACCGGAGACCAGGGUUCAAUCCCUGCGUCUAUCAUACUGUUCUCCCACUUGCCUGACUCCCCCUCUGUUUCAAGCAGUCUAAAUCAAGCGUAAAAUGUACAAAACAAAAUGUAAAAAAAGAGGUGGCCUGCCAAUGGGACUGAAGCUAAAGGGGUUCAUUAUGCGGGGGAAGAGUUCUAAAUUGAGCAAAGGUGAAACAGCCCAAAAGCCUAACUGACAUUUCAUGUUGAACUCUAGUAUCAGUUGUUUGGGUAACUUUUAAAUGUGUGCUAGAUGUUUGAGGUGUAACAGAUUACAUGUUUGCCACUCUCGUUCUCUCCCUCUGUCUUCCUUUCUCUUUCUUGUUCUCUCUCUGUCUUCCUCCUGAUUUAUUCUCCAGACAAAACAGACAAGCCCCUGGGGAAGAUGAACAUCAAGUUCCGCCUGGCGGAAGAGGGGGAGCUGGGGGAGGGGGAGGCCAGAGGCCCCACCCUGCAGUUUUUCCUGGAGAAGGGAGAGGUAGUGUUGGAGGAAGAGGAGUACAAACAGCAAGCAGACAGCUGCUUAACACCUGGAGACGAUCAUAUGCCAUGUUCCAACGGACAAACUGCUGCCUCGCCACCCUCCCACAGCCCCAACGACCCCAAUACAGACCCCUGAUCUCAGAACAGUCAGGUUCCUCAACACCCUUCCACUGACCAAGGGCCUGGGCUCCCCAGCACUGAUCCCUAAUCAGUGUCCAGAGGCACGUUGCUGUGCCAGAGAGAGCCCUCUCUGCCCUUCUGCACGCUCUGGACUGGACUGAUAGUUUUAACCAAGAGGGGAGCAUAGCAGUGUGACAGUCAAUCCCACUGACUGACUCACUACCCCUUCUAAAACCUGACGGUGGUCUCGUAUAGUUGAUAGUUAUUGGAACUGCAGUAUGUAUUAAUGUAUAGGAAGGGAUGGGCAUUGCUACACAAAUAUAGCUAGUUAGUCUUACCUUGCUACUGUAGCCGCAAGCCUCAUCCCCAGUUGUAUUGUGUUGAUGACAUAGAUUUAGUCAGAUGAUUGUAGGCGAGAAUUGAUGACUUGCACAUUUCAGAGAAAUAGCUGAGGUAAGCAUAGGAGGGGAUAUUGGGCUGCUAAAGGGCACCUUUGUCUGAGGCCUUGUGUUUGAGUCUGUGUUGAGCUGCUGCAAUGUCAAGGGGAUCGCUUUACUGUCCCCUGUAACAAGAUGGUGUCCUGUCAAUUCAGUGACGUGUGUGUGUGUGUGUGUGUGUGUGUGUGUGUGUGUUAAUUUACAGUGUAGCUAGUAGUGUUGUUUGAAGAUGAAUAGGUGAGGAAUGGGCUCUCCUGACCAAAGGGAUGUGUGAUCACUCACAAGAAU